CAAGAAGAAUAUUAAGAAAAUUCUUCUAAACGCUAAUCUCCCAAUCCUCUCAAUAGUCAAUUCUAGAUCUCAAUCCUUCUAAAAGCCUAGGCCGAUUCUCUAUCUCUUCCUUCUCAAAUCCCUAAUUCUGUUCUGAAUCCAUAAUUCCCAAUCUCACGACCAGACCCGAUAGAACCCUAAUUAUCGGUUUCUAUCCGUCAGCUUCACAAUGGCCUUGCAAAGCUCCACUCGAGAGGUUUCUAUGUAAACAGUAAUCAUCUCAGCUUCGGUUCCUUUCCUUAAUGCCCCAUAUUGACAGCAGUCCCGAGCCCGAUCAUCUCAACUGCGGCAUUUGACACCUGUGAGGACGACGGGCUACUACCGGGCGGUCUAUCCCCGCCGCCUGCGUAGGUCGGGCUAACUAGACCUUUGGAGUUUCAGUCCUCCUACUUCCUAUCUCGGUCUCCACCCCAUGUUUCUCCGACCAGUGCCGAAUCGGCUUCGUUAGCCAGGUAGUUUAAUUCUGGCUGCGCUCUCUUCUUCCCUGAAAUCAAUUUCGAGUUGGAACCCCCGAUAGUCUGUCUCAGGCCUGUGUUUAUAUGUCAAUUGAACUAUCCACUCUGGUUAAAUGGUCGUUUGAGUUUCGGUUUCUCUCAAGGGGAAAAGCAAAAUUUUUUUGGAUUGUCAAUUGCCAAUGAGUGUUAGGUGGCCUAGGGUUUUAAACCCCACUCAGCUCUCUCAGAUCCUAAGGAAUCAGAAAAACCCUUUGAGGGCGGUAGAACUCCUUGAGGAAGCGAGAAUCAAGUUCCCAAACUAUCGUCACAAUGGGCCGGUUUAUGCCACAUUGAUUGAUGUCCUGGGGAAGUCUGGUAAAUUCAAGGAGAUGAAAGAGGUCAUUGGAAAGAUGAGAGAUGAUUCUUGUCACUGUAAAGAUUCAGUCUUUGCCAAUGCAAUCAAGACUUAUGCUGGAGCCGGGUUGGUUGAUGAGGCUGUCUCUCUCUUCAAAGACAUUCCCAACUUCAAUUGUGUCAACUGGACUGAAUCAUUUAACACAGUUCUGCAGAUACUGGUGAAAGAGUCUAAGCUCGAAGCAGCUCACCGUCUCUUCGUCGACUACUCCUGCGGUUGGGAAGUCAAGUCCCGUGUUGUUGCCUUGAACUUGUUAAUGGAGGCUCUUUGUCAGCAUAAACGUUCUGAUCUUGCAUCCCAUGUCUUCCAGGAGAUGAGCUAUCAAGGUUGCUAUCCAAACAGGGGGAGCUAUCUAAUUCUUAUGCAGGGGCUUUGUAAAGAUGGGAGGCUGACUGAGGCUACCCAUUUGCUCUAUUCGAUGUUUUGGAGGAUUUCUCAGAAAGGUAGCGGCGAGGAUAUUGUGGUAUAUAGAACGCUUUUGGAUGCUUUGUGUGACAAUGGGCAGGUUGAUGAAGCACUUGAGAUCCUUGGAAAGAUCUUACGGAAGGGACUCAAGGCACCAAAAGUACGUCAGCCACAACUAGAUCUAACCAAUUGCCGUAGUGUUGAAAGUAUAGAUGCCACUAAGAAGUUGAUUCAUGAAGCUCUAAUCAGAGGCUGUGUUCCAAGUUCAGCCAGUUAUACUGUAAUGGCCCAUGAUUUUUACAAAGAAGGUAGUGUUGCUCAAGCUGACAAGGUGCUCAAUGAGAUGCUCGACAGAGGAUUUAAGCCAGCAAUUCGAAGUUAUGAAGCAAAGCUGACAGCUUUGUGCAUUGAAGGAAGGAUUGACGAUGCUGUCCAUGUUAUUGAAGUGGAGAUGGUCAGAGCAAACUGUGUGCGAACAGUAAGAGUGUAUAAUGUCCUGCUCAGGGGACUGUGUGAAACAGGAAACUCAGCUAUGGCUGUCAGGUAUCUGGAAAAGAUGGAUAAGCAAGUAGGUUGUGUUGCUGACAGUGAAAGUUACAGUAUUUUGGUGAAUGGGUUGUGUCGAGAUGGUAGAUUUGUUGAAGCAAGUAGAAUUUUGGAACAGAUGCUGAGGAGAUCAUAUCGCCCUUCGGUCAAUAUGUACAAUGUGCUUGUGCAAGGUCUUUGCACCAUGGGUAGGCAAUAUGAUGCUGUUACCUUGGUGGAAGAGAUGAUUGACCAGGGCGAGAUACCAGACAUGUCUUUAUGGAACUCCUUGGUUGUUUCUGCUUGUUACAACUUGGCUGAAAUGGAUGUUUGCUCCCAAACACUUCAGCAGCUUAGCAGUAUGCAGUAACCUGUAACCCUGCUGGAAUGGAAUGAUAAUCCUUGUUUGUUACCUCCUUUGGGAUUUCUCUGUUCAAGUAAGUGGGAAUAUUUAGAAAGAGCCUCAUCUGCGGAUUUUAGUUUUGGUUCUGAGCACCACAAGUAGACAUCCCUUUUGGUAGAAAAAAGAAAGCACAAUGAGAAAGCUGAUACUGUAUGUUGUGUAGGUUUGUUCUCUAAAGGUUAUGAAUCGAUAUAAAAGCUAAUAAUACUCUGCUUUCUUCCCGAGGUUGAUAGAGUGGAAAAUUAGUGUCCAGCCAAUUGCAUGUGAUACUAGCACAACUAUGGUUUAAGUUUCUUUAAUUGUUGAGAAACCAGAGACGUGUGGGAAAGAAAUACCCCUCAUCAUGAACUUUACAAGGUCAACUUUGUGAAGAAUUUGACUUAAACUCCAGAAAGUUCAAUGAGAGAACUGGUCAAUGAAAUUUACCACACGGAUUGCUGAGAUUAGAAGGAGUUGGAAUAUGAAGCAAAAACAAUAGAAAAGUAGAUUGUGUUUUUUGACUUCAUAUAAACAACCGGUUCUUCUGCUCUGAAGAUUCAUGUACUUUCUGGGUUUAUGGGAAUUAUUAUCAAAGCCUUUGGAUGGUGAAGAGGCUCUGGAACUUGAAUUGGAUCGAUGGAAGAAACAAGGGGUGUGGUGCUUUGAAGCAUGUGGUAGAAGAGCUCCAGCCAAUUAUAUUGAAGGUCCUUCAAUCUUUUGCUUUCAUUCCACAGAAAAGUUGUUCCUGUAUUUACACAUUUGAUCUGUUCAUUCCCCUACAUCUGAUUUUUCUUUUACGGUCGAACAGGGUGGUGGUGCUCUUACAUUGUCCAAAGUUUAUCAAUCGGUAAGGUGUAACCCUUUUCCUCUAAUUUGCUUUGUGCUGGAUAGAUGGUCAAUUAACGGGCAAGGUGGUUGCGGAUGCUGCCAACUAUCAAAUAGAAAAGGAAUUCAUAGAGAAGGUCUGUUCUCAGCUUUACUUUUUACCUAGAAAGCAUAUUAACAGUUGCAAUGUGCUGGUUAAUUUUCGUCAGAGUUAAAUCGAAAUAUUUUCAGUAAUCAUCUGGUUUCGGAAGUUUGCUUCCUACCAGGCUACCACUUAGAUACCGGUCCAUACUCUACCGUAAUGCUGCAAUUUUGAUAAGAAAUUAAAAGGUUCCCCUCAUUUCUUGAUUCACAGGUUGGACAAUUAGCUGCAAUGAAUUUGAAGUCUAGAGCAGCCUUGAUUCGCAAAGCAGGUGAAUUUCAUUAUGUUUCAAUUCCUUGGAUUUCUGUGUCUAUCUUUACCAUGCAGUUUGUUGAAUCAAUGUGGUGUGAAUUUUCUAAGAUAUAUAGUUCUAGUCUUCUAGACAAUGUGCCAAACUGUUAAGUGCUAGUCAAAGUUUGUGGAAGACUUCAAUGUCUUCUGCAUUCUGAUCUGUAGUUGAUUAGUUUUUGCAUAUAAUGUUACUUGUCAAGUGAAUUCAAGGGGAGCCCUUGCUUAGGGUCGUUUUUCUGGAGCCUAGGCUUGUGUCUGUUAAGGGAUUUAUAUUUUAUAUCAUGCAAAUAUCUGUGUGGUUGUAGUUGAACGUGGAUUCCCUGGAGCUGGAUUACAUUGAAAAUAGUUGAAUGUGGAGAUUUCUUUUCCACCUUGGACCUCAAGCUACAAAUGACCAUGGUAGAAACUAGGAAUGGUGGUGAUAUGCUGCAAAAUAAGCUGAUUCCUGUCCUCAGUAGUGCAUGCCACAUUGCAGAACUAACUACUUCUGGUUAUGCAUCUGGGAGUGUAUGCCUUCGCCACAAGUUAAAACCUUGGUUUUAACUUGUGGCGAAUGGCCAAGACUAAAGAUACCUUAGUACUAACUAACAAAGCUUUCAGACAAUUCCAACAAAAUGAUGACAACCAGAAAACUAGGGAUCUAGUAAUACCAGGUUGUAGCUAAAACGAAGGCAUCAUUAAACCACGCACCCAAUUUUGUAACAACCAUCCUAGUUCCAUUGCAAAGUCCUAUACUUUGAUCCAAAUUUCGUAGUAGAAUUACAGGACAAUCAAUCUUCAACAUCAGAUCAUGUGGUGGAAAGUUACCAAUUUUGAGGGAGUUUAAAAACUCAACAGAAUAAUCAUUUUCCAUGACAUGAUUAGCUCGAGGAUCAAUUUCAAUGGAAUCAGAGCUAAGAUAUGAUGUCACUUCACCUGGAAAGUCUGCUAGGACACGGGUGUUGAUCUCUGAUACUGUAUCAUGGUGAGGGGUCAGCUGAGCUCGGCCAACCAAAUACUUUUGGUUAGUAUAAUUCUCGGAUAGAUCAGCAUAGACAACACUAAUAACAUAUGAUACAGGGU